AUGUAUCCACUUGGAUUCUUUGUAAAAUCCUUCUCUAAACCUCCUGCCAUAUACUUAUCCCACAUUUUCCGUCGUCUUUGGACUAACGCUGCUACCCCCCCAUACUCACCAACACCAGCAAUGACUCAAUCACCAACCCCAGUUAACGUAUUCCGAACUAUCCAGGACAUUAGGGCCUGGCGUAGAGCAGCUCUUCUUGAAGGCAAAACAGUUGGUCUUGUCCCAACCAUGGGUGCUCUUCAUCAAGGCCAUCUCAACUUGGUCUCUCAAUCAGUCAAAAAUAACGAUUUCACCAUCGUCUCCAUCUUUGUAAACCCUUCUCAAUUUGCCCCCCAUGAAGAUCUUGACGCUUAUCCACGUACCCUAGACGCAGACAUUGAUGCCCUGUCAACUGUCCUUUCCCCCAACCCCAUUGCUGUUUUUGUCCCUACUGUCGCUGAAAUGUACCCUAGCGGUAUUCCUUUAGAACAAGCCAAGCAACGCGGUGCGUUUGUCGAGGUCAAAGGUCUUAGUGAACAGCUUGAAGGUUCAAUCAGACCACAGUUUUUCCGUGGUGUCGCAACAGUCGUUACAAAACUUCUCAAUAUUGUCACCCCGGAGGUGGCUUACUUUGGUCAAAAGGAUAUCCAACAAGUCGUUGUUGUCAAACGUAUGGUCAAAGAUCUUUUAAUUAACACUGAAAUCUUCAUGGUCCCCACUGUCCGCGAACAUAACUUACUGGCCAUGAGCUCAAGAAAUACUUACUUGACUCAAGAUUCGCGUGCACACUCUUGCAUUCUUUACCAGGCUUUGGCUGCUGGUGAAUCGCUUUACAAAUCUGGUGAAACAAGCCGCGCAAAAAUUAUGGAAGCUAUCCGUAAUGUCAUUAAGCCUUAUGAAAAGAAAAGUGAUACCCCAGAAUCCCAGUUUGCCGUGGAUGUCGAGUACGUCUCGCUGGCCGAUACUGUCGACCUCCAAGAAGUUGACGAGGUUGAUCCCGCCGUUGGUGCCAUCCUGUCUUCUGCUAUUCGUGUCCCCAAUAAGUCUGGCACUCAAACCAGAAUCAUUGACAAUAUUAUUCUUCAUUAA